AUGCCGAAGCCCGUUUACGCGACUGCGGACGAGCUUGCCGAUGCCGUCAAGAAGUUGGAGGGACAAGUCAAGGCCACGGAGCAGAAGCUGGGCGCAGCACUGAAGCAGUCGGAGACGAACCUGAAAGCCGAGCUCACAAAGGUCUCAGACACGGUGGCCAACAAUGCCCGCGCGAUGCAGGAUGGCCUUCAAAAGUGCCUUGGUGACUCAAAGGGCUACACCGACGACAGGAUGAACCAGUUCAGGAACGAGAUGAUGGGCAUGGUGAACGGAACCGAGGACAAGCUCUCCAAGGCUGAGUCGAGUCUGGGACAGCGUCUGUCCCAGGUGGACACGGACGUAAGGAAAGCUUUGGCCGACGAGCUUGCUGCACUCUGCGAGCGCAUCGACAAAGAGUUCAUGUCUACGCGCACGGACAUGACGAACUUCGCGGAGGCGAAGUCUCAGGAGGGCAAGUCCAACCUCGACAACCAGCGGAAGGAGCUAGAUGAUGCAAUGGCGGCCGCGUCGCAAGAGGUCGACCGCAAGCUGGGCGAUCUUCAGGCCACCCUGGACAAGACUCUGAAGGACGACAAUGACGCCAAGCAGCGGGACCAGCAGGAGCGCGACGAGCGGUCGAACCGUUCCGAAAGUGAGAUCUGGCUCAAGAUCCAGCGCCUGGAUGAGCUGCUUCAGGAGCUCAAGGACUCCACCAAUGAAGCCACCGAGGGCCUCCGCCAUACUUCCAAUAAGAAUCUCUCCGACUUCAAGAACGAAGCGAGCGGGCGCCUCGAUGGGCUGGAUGAGGAGAACAUCCGGAUCCGAAGUGCAAUUCUUGAAGUGGAGAACAUUGCGACCCGGAGAGUUGUUUUUGCUUUGGUAGGUGCUGGUGACAGUUCGGCCUGCCACAGCUUCGUGCAUCCCUCUUUGUUUGUCUUCCUCGACAACUUGAGGACUGGGUCAUCAAAGACGCCUCAAAGCGAUUGCGCAUGGAGCCAAGACAUCACCGUCUAG